AUGGCUACCAUUCCUCCUCCACGCCCUAUUCGACUUGCCACCUCACCCGAUCAGGCGCACGAAUUAAUCGCCAAUCGUCGUCACCCAUCUCACCAACGUCGAUGUCGUCUCCAUCGAACCACAGCCCUAAACAGCCGACUACAUGACCAACGCACUAUGUUUUACAAUGAGGCACUCGGGACUUUCCUACUGGUAUUCGUCGUCCUUGCGGUCACGGAUAAACGGAAUGGAGCAGUUCCUGGGUUCAUUGUUCCCCUCGCAUUGUUCAUGGUACUCUUGUCAGCCAGUGCGAGUAUCGGCUCUCAGACCGGGUUUGCUUUGAAUCCCGCUCGUGACCUUGGACCUCGUUUGCUCUGCUGGUUUGUGGGUUACGGUCGUGAUGUAUGGAAUUAUCGUGCCCAAUAUUGGCUCUACGCACCCAUCAUGGGACCAUUCGUUGGCCUCGUGGCAGCAACGAUUUACGAUCUCCUCCUUUACCCAAGCGAGGGGAAUAUUUUGUACUCGUAUUAUCAUAGGUUUAGAAAGGACCCAAUUGAGGCCGCAGAGAAUGGUGUAUCGAACACGGCCAGUCCUGGGAAUGAAACCUCGUAUCUGGCGCAAAAGGAAACUCUUGCGCUCCUGAGUGGCAGUGCCCGUCGAUCUUCAGGCCCCAUAGCUCCAGAUCCAGACCCCGCCGGUAUGCAGAAGAACCGUACGACAAACAAGUCUCCAUCUCGUGCUGCUCCGAAAGCGACCGAGUCUGCAGCAUUGGUCGAACUUCCUUCGGCGGAUCUAAUACCAUCGUCUAUCAGUGAACCAGCUCCGGGGAGAGGCUCCAAGGUCAUGCUUGGACCAAAUCGUCUGAAGCUCGUCACGGAUGACGCGCUAGACAGCAUAUUGAGACCUUCCCCUAGACUCGGACACUCCAUAUAUGAAAGGGGUCAAAAUAGCGUUCAAGCCUGGGUUGAAACAUCGACGCGAACUUCCCAGGAGGCCAGUCGCAAACCCGAGGAAGAAGAAACAUAA